UCGAUAUCCCCAAAGUCCCAAACCCCAAAAUCGCCUUUGACGCAUCUCCACCCCAUCUCCAACCAAAAUCUCCACCAUCUUUCAGCCAUAAAACUUCCACCAAAGCACCAUGGAAAAGACCACCUUCUUCCCCUGUUAAACCAACAUCGAUUACUCGAAGAAAACCCAUAUUUCAAUCUCUCUGUUAGAGACAACGAAAUUGCAUAAAAACCUUUUUUGCGAUAUCCGACUGCUCGAAGGAUAAAUUGCUGAAAUUUGUUGGCGUCCGAAACUCCAAGGAAACAAAGAAACUAACAUCAUUCCAAGACUUAGGAUUUGAGCGGGUGAAAUUAUAGUGUACAUUUAUUGCUCACCUUCAAGUUCCGCAAAUCUCUGUUUCUCCCUACACAUAUUCGAAGUAUCAAUCUCUUUGAUGAGUUUCCUAUCUUUUUUUUUGCGCUUUCUUUCUUCUUCACUCUUUCAUUUUCGGAGUUAUAUAUUUUGUGUUUGAAAAUUUUCUGCCGAUGGUGUUUUAUGGCAUGAUUCUAUAUAAGUUGAGAAAUAUAGAUUGUGAGGUUCCUGCUUCCAACUUGUACAACAAAUUUAAUGUAUGUCCUUCUCUAAUUUAGGAUUUUAUUUAUAUCAUAUCCUAGAUUUCUCAAUUUUUGUUUCAUGUUAUCUCUGUUGUGUGAUUUAAUUUUUAUUCUGGUAGUUUCUCUAUUUUUGGGGAUAUUUUUCUGUUAAAAUUUUUGAUUGCAUGUCCGGUUUAAAUACUGAUGCACAAAAGGUGCUUGGUAAUAUGUCUAAAUCAAUUGAAUUUAUGAUUUAUCCUAUCAUUGGGAGAGAUAGUUGGUUAUGGUUCUAUUUUGGUUACUUAGUAAGGAACAAGAUCUUAGUUUAUUUACUGUUUAGGUAUGAAUUAAGAUGAAAUAAGGGUUAACAAUUCUUCUUGGUUUAUGAUCUUUCUCUCUCACACUUCUUUUGAUUUAUUUGUUAAUCAGCAGCCUCCUCAGUUUUCUUGCAUAAUUAUCUUUGGAUUCCUCAAAAGAAAAUAACAACCUAAGAAGAAAUAACAUGUUUUCAGUUUUUUUCGCUUUGUUUUUGGGUUGGCAAUGAAGAAUGAGUAUAGUGUACCACACGUGUCUUUUUUGAAGGGGAGGGCCAUCACACUUAUAGAGUUUGUCCAUCUUUUUAAAAUUUAUAUAAAGUGUAAUCUCUCUUAAAUUAUUCUGGUUUGAAUCACUCCAUUUGACAAUUACUCCUCCAAGACUGAAUACAUUAAGUAAUUUUCCCUUUUUGCAUUUCUGAAACUAUUUUAAAGAGAUGAGUUACAACUAAAAAAUAAUUGGUAACAAUGCAAUGCCAUGGAAUAAGGCUAAUGAAGUAUGUACCCGGUGGUCUUUUCUGUUAAGGCCCAUUUGUUUUGUGUUACUGCUGGCCUAUUGUAUUUAUACGAUCUUGGGUACCUUUUUAUAUUUAAUAAAAUUUUACUUAAUAAAAAUUGGGUGUAUUUUGUUAAUGUAUAUUUUUUCAAAUGCAGUAAAUUUUACUUGCUUCAGUGAUAGUUUUCUUUUCUAAGAUAAUCAAUACUUGCACAUAGUUUUAGAAGCUCUUAGUAGUGAAUUAUGUCUUUGAACUUCAAAUUUAUUUCUCGUAUUUUUUCAUUGUAAAAUGGAGAGGCUAGCUGGAUGUAAAUAUUAGAACAUUAAAUAGUAUUCUGAAAUGGUCAAAAAUAAUGCUACUAUGUUUUAAUUGAAGGACGGUAAGGCUCUAAUAGUAGAAUGAUAGAAUUGGGAUAGAACUAGAUUUGCACUUCUGAGUUUCUUCACUUAAUUUCUAUCUGAAUGGGAGGUUAUUUUUAAUCUGAUAGAAUUUGUUUUGUAUUUGUGAACUGAUUUAUAAUUUCUAAUGUCAUAGAUAAUGAACAGUUAGAUGAAAAGCUAAUUACAUAGAUUGAGACUCCUCAGAAUAUAAUUACUAGAGAACUAAGAACAGAGUUGUAGGCUUUUAAUAGCAGAAUAGUUGAACCAGCAAACCAAAACAAGGGGAUUCAAAAGAAUCAGCUCUAGAAUUUUUGUAUCAUUUUGAAUGUUAGAAUCUAUGUAGAAGAUGCAUGGUUAGAAUCUAGAUAGAAGAAAGAGUAAACAUUACCAGGCAUGAGUUAAUUGUGUUGAUUUACUUUUGUCGUAUAGGAUUUUCAUGGAUAAUGUAGAUAAAAGUUGAAUGCAUCUCCUAAGAUGGACGGAUGAGUAUAUCCGUGAAGUGAAUGAUUUCCUUGAUAAGGCAUUUGAACGAGCUUCCCAAGGAAAUUAAAUAUUAUUCCCUUGCAAAAAAUACAUUAAUCGCUAUUGGCAUUAUAGAAAUGUGGUGGAGGAUCACUUGGUCGUUAAUGGCUUUGUUGAUGGUUACACCGAAUGGGUUUUCCAUGGUGAAGGGAUUUUCUCUAGAAUUACACCUCGUCAAAGCAAUAAUGAUGAAGGUUCUAACAUGUGUGAUGAUAUUGAUGGAUUACUUCAUGAUCCAUUCAGAAAUGUAGAAGGCGAGCCGGUACAACAAGAAGGGAUGAAAGAGGCUCUAUCUGAAGAUGCUAAGAGAUUUUUUAAAUUUAGAGGAAGGGAACAAGAAUUAUAUCUAGGGUGUGAAAACUUCAAUAAACAGAGUUUCACCAUCCGGUUGUACUUGUUUAAGUCUUUGCAUGGGUUGAGUAAUGUAGCCUUUUUAGACUUGUUAGAGUUGCUAAAAGAGUUGUUUCCCUUUGCUAAGCUGCCAGAGUCUUUCAACAAGGCUAAAAAUAUGAUAAAAGAUUUGGGUCUUCAUUAUGAUAAAAUACAUGCAUGCCCUAAUGAUUGCAUGCUAUUUUGGAAUGACAAUGCAAAGGCCGAUAAUUGCUCUGUUUGUGGGUCUUCUAGAUGGAAAAGUUCUAAUCGUGCCUUGACUAAUGCAAGUUCUAAAGUUCUUGCAAAGGUUUUAAGGUACUUUCCCUUGAAGCCUAGGCUUCAGAGGAUAUUCAUGUGUCCUGAAACAACUAUUGCAAUGAGAUGGCAUGCUAAUGAACGACCUAAUAAUGGGAAUUUGAAGCAUCCUGCUGAUGGAGAAGCUUGGAAGGAUUUUGAUUCUCUACAUCCCGACUUCUCCAAAGAUCCACAUAAUGUUAGGUUGGGUCUUUCAAGUGAUGGUUUCAACCCAUUUCGAACUAUGAGCAUUUCUCAUAGCACGUGGCCUGUCAUGUUAAUGAACUACAAUUUAUCUCCAUGGAUUUGCAUGAAGCCAAAAUAUAUCAUGUUGUCAAUGAUCAUUCCAGGUCCUUCAUCUCCUAGAAAUGAUAUAGAUGUGUACUUACAACCACUUAUUGCAGAAUUGAAGGAACUAUGGGAAACUGGGAUAGAAACAUAUGAUGCUGAGAUAAAGCAAAUAUUUUAAAUGUGUGCAGCCUUGUUGUGGACAGUUAGUGAUUUUCCGGCAUUAGCUAUGCUUUCAGGAUGGAGCACCAAGGGGAGGUUGGCAUGACCCACUUGUAAUUAUGACACAUGCUCUCUAUAUCUCAAACACAGUCAUAAGAUGUGUUAUAUGGGCCAUCGAAGAUUUUUGCCUCAUGAUCAUCCUUUGUGGAAAGAUAAGAAGUCAUUUGAUAGUAAGGAGGAACAUAGACCUGCACCUACUCCUUUGUCGGGUAUAGAAGUGUUUCAAGAGCUGCUUGAAUUCAACAAUGUUUUUGGAAAGGGCAAAAAGAAACGACCUCGGGAUAACAAGGGUCCGUGGAAAAAAAUCUAUUUUUUUUUGAAUUGCCAUAUUGGGCGCAUGACAAAUUGAGGUACAAUUUUGAUGUGAUGCACAUAGAGAAAAAUAUAUGUGACAGUUUGCUUGGGACUUAAUUGAAAAUGGAAAAAAAGUCAAAGGAUCAUGUAAAUGCUCGCCAUGACUUACAAGAAAUGGGGAUACGAAAGGAGUUACAACGAAGAGAAGAUGAUGAUGGAACAGUGAGUUUGGCUAAAGCUUGUUUCUACAUGAAACCAAAAGAGAAAAGUUUAUUUUGUACUGUCAUAAAAAAUGCCAAGUUACCAAAAGGUUGUGCUUCAAAUAUUUCAGAACACGUGCACGUGAAGGAGAUAAAAAUAUCAGGGUACAAGAGUCAUGAUACUCAUUUUUUAAUACAUUACUUGCACCAGGUUGCUGUUAGAAAGACGUUGCCCAAGAGUGUUUCAUUGGCCUUGAUUAGGUUGGGUAAUUUUUUUAGAGCUAUAUGUAGUAAGGUCAUAAGACGAAGAGAUCUUGAAAAAAUGAACUCUGAAAUUGUUGAAAUAAAUUGUGAGUUUGAAAAGAUUUUUCAUCCAACAUUUUUCGAUAUAAUGCCACAUUGGCUGAUUUGCAGAAAAUGUCCCAAACCAAUACCGAGAAUCGCAAAAAGUUAAAAUAUCCACACAUUGCUGGCAAACGAAGUUUUGCUCGAAUAUGCGAGGUUUGAUAUUUUCUUUCUUAUUAUUCUUUUAAAUAUGAACUUAUUAACUUUAUACCACUUUUUAUAUAAUCAGGAAAAAAAGAAAGAAACUUCUGAGCCUCUAUCAAGCAAGAACAUCUUUGUGGCCACAAGAAAAAGAAAACCUGAUCGAGUUACAAGGCCUCGUAUGCGGAUACUCUUAACAAAAUUGCUGAAAUAGAAAGAAUACAACCAACACAAGAAAGUGAAGAUGGCAGUCAAUCAGUUGAUGCAUUUGCAUCAGUCAUGGGAUCUGAGCAUCCAGGUCGCCCAAGAUUGUAUGGACGUGGGGUUACCAAGACUUCCUUAAAAAGAAAAUUGGGAUAUUUGGGACCCUCUACUGAUAAGGUGAUGCAGCAAAAAUUGGAGGAAAUAGAAGAAAGGAUGCAACAAAGAUUGUAGGAAAAGUUCAAUGCACAAAAAGAUGCCAUGGAACUAAAAGUUGCAGUUAACAUCAUUUUACAACUUAAGCAUCUGAAUCCAGAUUUACGGGUUGAUCCCAGCAUGCUAACUUUCAAUGCUCGUUCACCUGGAGAAGCUUCCUUUGCACAAUAAGCUGCUGUGCAACUAAUCAAUCGUCUAUCUAAUGGGAGUAAUAAUCAAGGUGGGGCAAUUGAAGAAAGGGAAUAUGGAGAUUGUGAAGAUCUAGACCUUACUUAAGAACUUUGAAUUAUUGUCCAAAUUCUAGGAAUCUUUUGUUAUCAACAUUUGAAACUUAUAACUCUAACUCUUGAAGUGUUGAAAUAUAAAACUUAUGUGAUUGGGUUAAAAUAUUUUGGUUUUAUGGAGACAA